AUGGCUGGGUCAAGUGGUGGUGAAUUGAGAGCACCAAUUUUCAAUGGUGAGAACUACGAUUUCUGGAGCAUAAGGAUGAAGACCAUCUUCAAAUCUCAUGGACUGUGGGAUUUGGUGAUCAAAGGACUUGAUGGUAUGGAUCUGAAGAAGUCAGAUGAAUCUGAUGAUAAGAAAAAGGAGACAGAAGAAUCAAGUGGGAAAGGCAUGGUUGCUGAGGUACUCAUGAAGGAUGCUAAGGCUCUUGGAUUGAUUCAAGGAGCAGUUUCAGAAGAGAUAUUCCCACGAAUCUCUCAUGAAGAGACAUCAAAAGUUAUUGAACACUCUAGAGAUCUGAAUGAGAUUGAGGUGCAGGAGGUUGUAGCCUCACUAAAGAGCUUUGAGUUGCGUUUAGAUAGGCAUUCUGAAAACAGAACAAAGAAGGCAUUUGCUAGCCUUAGUGUAGAUGCCAAACAGACUAAAACUGGAGAACAGAACAGCAAGCAGAAUAAGAAUUGGAAAUCCAAAGGCAAGAAGUGGGAUAACAAGGCAAGUGAAGGCACUAAAACUCCCUGCAAGCACUGUGGUAAGCUACAUUUUGGUGAAUGUCGAUUCAAGGGCAAGCCAAAGUGUUAUAACUGUGAUAAGCUUGGCCACAUUGCAAAAGACUGCUACAGCAAGAAAACACCACAGCAGGUCAACUAUGCUACUCAAGUGGAAGCUGCACCAACAAUGUUCUAUGCUAGCAAUGCAAGUGGUGCUGGUGUAACAAGGGAUGAAGAGAGCUAG